CGAAACAGUCGUCAGCGCGCGGUUCCUCGUUUUGUUGAACUCAUCGCCUUCGUGUUUGCUAUUCUUUUUGACGAAUUUAGACAGUCAUCAUGGAUGAAAGCUACGACGUUAUCGUGCUCGGCACCGGUUUGACUGAAUGUAUCCUGUCUGGAUUACUGUCUGUGGAAGGCAAAAAGGUCCUUCACAUGGAUCGCAACGAUUACUAUGGUGGGGAGAGCGCAAGUUUGAACUUGACUCAGCUGUACCGCAAGUUCCGCCCUGAUCAGCAGCCACCGUCCCAGUUUGGACGUGAUCGUGACUGGAAUGUCGAUCUUAUUCCAAAGUUCGCCAUGGCCUCUGGCGAGUUCACCAACAUUCUCUACCACACCGAUGUGACUCGUUAUCUUGAGUUCCGUCAAAUUGCGGGAAGCUACGUCUACCGCGAUGGUCGCAUCUCCAAAGUGCCUUCAAACCAAACUGAGGCUGUCUCGAGUCCUUUGAUGGGUAUCUUUGAAAAGCGAAGAGCCAAGAAGUUCUUUGAGUUUGUCCAAGGAUAUGAUUUCAACAAUCCAGCCACUCAUCAAGGCUUGGAUCUCAACACUGUGCCGAUGACCGAGGUUUAUAAGAAGUUUGGUUUAGAGCCUGGCACCCAAGACUUUGUCGGACAUGCCUUGGCGUUGCACUUGGACGACAGCUACAUGACUCAACCUGCUAAGGAAACCUACGAACGAAUUUGCUUGUACAUGAACUCUAUGGCGCGUUAUGGAAAGAGUCCCUACAUUUAUCCACUAUACGGAUUGGGCGAGUUGCCUCAAGGGUUUGCACGAUUGAGUGCAAUUUAUGGUGGAACUUAUAUGUUGAACAAAAAGGUUGAUGAGCUUGUAUACGAAGACGGCAAAAUUGUUGGCGUAAAGAGCGAGGGAGAAGUGGCCAAAACGAAGGCUGUUAUUGGUGACCCUAGUUACUUCCCUGACAAAGUCAAGAAGACUGGCCAAGUCGUCCGCGCAAUUUGCAUUUUGAACCACCCAAUACCCAACACGGCCGAUGCCGACUCGAUCCAGAUCGUGAUUCCUCAGAAGCAGGUCAACCGUGGUCAUGACAUUUACAUUGCCGCCGUCUCCUAUGCUCACAAUGUUGCCGCUAAGGACUACUGGACCGCGAUCGUUUCCACGAUUGUUGAAACCUCGGAUCCUGAAAAGGAACUUCAACCUGCAAUGGCCCUAUUGGGACCUAUCGCAGAAAAGUUCAUUAGCGUCUCGGAUUUGUACGAACCUGUCGCAGACGGCCGCGCAGACGGCGUUUACAUCACAAAAUCGUAUGAUGCCACCAGUCACUUUGAGACAACGUGCCAAGACGUCAAGGAUGUAUACAAGCGGGUGACUGGUAACGAUUUGAAGGUGGAAGGGAAAGUCAAGAAGCAGGAGGAAGGCGGUGCAGGAGCGGAAUGAACAUUUGACAUCAUACCUUUUGUUAGAUGGGCUGGGGUUUGUAAAAUUCAAGGCAAUGUCGCUUGUCGACCCUGUAUGAACAAUGUUUUUGUAUGCUACGUCCAAGAUGGGUGCGAUGCGGCGCUAACUUGCGCGCGUGAAGUUGCCCAACGUGAAUUACCAC